GACUUCAAUCGAUUGAUUUCACUAUGCACACCAAACACGGACGACCCAAUCAUCCUGGCUGCCAUCGCAUCGCUGAAGCAGAUGCGAACUUUCUUGGCCGAGGCACUCUUUACCAAGCCGCCGUACAGCGAUCUGAAGAAGUUCAUCGAGGAGCUGUCAAGGCUGACUGUAGACAACGCCGAGCAGCAGUGCCUUCAGUCGGUGCAGACUAGCUUUGACCCGAUGCUCGACUUGCUGACGACACACUCGCGCACGCCGGGGGUGCAGGCUUGUUACGACCUCAAGAAGAUCUCCCAGACCGGCACCUUCCAUGUGACCUGUGCCCUCACGGAGACAGCCCAGCUGCGGUGCAAGAUGGCGGAUAGCGAAUUCGACUACGAG